UAAACACAUUUUAAAAAACAUAGCCCGGAUAAUAACACACAUGGAAUUGCCACUCUGUUUAUCCAAUGCGUGAAAGUGAUAGGCAACCAACCGUCGAUAUUCACUGAGGAGUAUUUCUUUAUUUUCAUAACAUAUAUAGAAAAAGCUGUUGCCAUGACGACAGACGAGGCGACAGAGCGACAGCAGCAAAAGAAGCCCAGCCAGCAGGAGGCAGAGCAGCAUCAGGCCACGCCCCCUGACCACGGGCCCUCUGAGUCCCAUGCUUCCAGCACUCCCGUCACCUCGCCCCUAAGCCCCGGCUCGCCCUCCUCACCCCAGGAGGAGGUGCAGCUGAGACCCCGCCAGCGCACCUCGGCCGACCGUGGCCUCUCGCGACUCUUCUCCUCUUUCCUGAAGAGGAGGUCUCAGUGCGAGGGGGACGGGGGAGAGAAGGGGGAGAAAGGAGGGGUCGGGGGUGAAGCCAAGGCGCCCAUCGCUGACUGUGAGCCGGAGCUCAGGAUCGAGGGGGAUCAGAACCUCGACCUGCACUCACUCAGCAGCAACGAGGCUCAGCCUGUCCAGGUAGACCAGAAGGAAGACCCCGAGAAAGACUCGGAGGACGAGGGGGGAGAGACGGACAAGGAGAAAAGACAAGAGGACAGUGCCCAGGAGAAGGAGAAAAAGGAGGAGGACCCUGAGGGAGUGGGAGAAGGAAGAGAGGGCGAGGAGGGGGAGGGAGAGAAAGGGCUAAAGGAGAAGAUAGCGGAGGAAGACGCUCAACCUCCUAAGGCUCCCCGUCGACCCAGGAUCAUGCAAAUUAAAGUUACACUGCUGGACGACACUCUGUAUGAGUGUGAGCUGGAUAAACAUGCCAAAGGUGUGGAGCUGUUCACCAAGGUGUGUGACCACCUCAACCUGCUGGAGAGAGACUACUACGGUCUGGCCAUCUGGGAGUCGCCCUCCAUGAAGACCUGGAUGGAUUUCACCAAGGAGAUCCGCAGGCAGGUUCAAGGUGCAAAGUUAGACAAGAUCUGUGCAGACGCACAAUCAUGUACAGGCACCAAUUAUGACUUUACCUUCAAUGUGAAGUUCUAUCCACCCGACCCAGCCCAGCUUUCUGAAGACAUCACCAGGUACUACCUGUGUCUCCAGCUGCGUAAGGACAUCCUGGGGGGCCGUCUACCCUGCUCCUUUGUCACACUGGCCCUUCUGGGAUCCUACGCACUGCAGUCCGAGCUGGGGGAGUACGACCCAGAGACACACGCACCUGACUACGCCAAGGACCUGAGGCUGGCCCCGGGACAAACCAAGGGACUGGAGGAGAAAGUCAUGGAGUUGCAUAAGACAUACAGGUCGAUGAGUCCAGCACAGGCAGACAUGGCCUUUCUGGAGAACGCCAAGAAACUAGCCAUGUACGGAGUGGACCUGCACCAGGCCAAGGAUCUAGAUGGAGUGGACAUCAUGCUGGGUGUUUGUUCUGGGGGUUUGAUGGUCUACAAGGACAAGUUGAGGAUCAACCGGUUCCCCUGGCCUAAAGUCCUCAAGGUCUCCUACAAACGCAGCAGCUUCUUCAUCAAGAUACGCCCCUCAGAGCAGCUGGAGCAUUACGAAAGUGCCAUUGGUUUCAAACUGCCAAACUACAAGGCCUCCAAGAAGCUGUGGAAAGUGUGUGUGGAGCAUCACACCUUCUUCAGGUUGACCUCUACUGAGGUGGCUACCACUCCCAGGAAGUUCCUAGUGCUGGGUUCUAAGUUCCGCUAUAGUGGGCGGACCCAGGCCCAGACCCGCCAGGCCAGCUCUAUGAUUGACAGGCCAGCCCCCCUAUUCCAACGCUCGGCCAGCAAGAGGAACUCACGCAGCAUGGACGAAGCCAUGGUGUCCACUCCAGACAAGAGCACUCGUCCUGUCAGUGCUCCCAUCAUGUCCCCCAUCUCUCCCGGGGAUGUCGCACCGUCCCCUGUGACCUCGGGCCUGCCUCGCGGUGAGCGGCGAGAAGCCUCCACCCCCACGGUUCGCAAGUCCCGCUCAGCAGAGAGGAAAACCAAAGAAGAGGCCAAGGUGGAGAGCAAGGUGACAGAGGUCUCCAAGACACAGAGCUCCAGACCACAGUCCACCCCAGAGUUCAAGAGGGAGGGAGCCAGGAGGAGUAGGCAUCAUGCCCCUGCAGUCACCACCACCACCAACGGGACAGAGAGAGAGAGAAAGAGCCAGCAGCAUUCGUCCCGAGAGAGAACCGACACGGAGACGGUGCGAGUGAGGAAGAAAAGAGCUAAGAAACUUGAGGGUGAAACUAUUUAUAUCAGGCAUAGCAAUUUAAUGUUGGAGGACCUGGAUAAGACCCAGGCAGAGAUUAUGCGUCACCACACCAGUAUCAGUGAGCUGAAGAGAAGCUUCAUGGAGUCUGUUCCGGAGCCGCGGCAGAGCGAGUGGGACAAACGCCUGUCCACCCACUCACCCUUCCGCACGGCCAGCAUCAACGGACAGCUGCAGCCAGGCACUGACGGGCCUAACGUGGUGAAAACACAGACAAUCACCAUCUCCGACGUGUCUAACUCCCUGCGAGGAGACGUCUCUAACAAGGAGGUCCCCAUCGUGCACACUGAGACCAAGACCAUUACCUACGAGUCAGCGCAGUGUCUCCUUCAGCCCGUAGACAGCCAGGCAGAAAGGGACACUGGAGUGCUGCUGAGUGCCCAGACCAUCACCUCAGAGACAGUCAGUACAACCACCACCACUCAAAUCACCAAGACGGUGAAAGGAGGCAUCUCAGAGACUCGCAUUGAGAAGAGGAUUGUGAUAACUGGAGACACAGAGAUUGAUCACGACAAGGCUCUGGCCCAGGCUAUCAAGGAGGCGAAGGAGCAGCACCCGGACAUGUCUGUGACCAAAGUGGUGGUGCACCAGGAAACAGAGAUCACCCCCGAUUAACCCCAGGCUCACCUUUCCUAUGACCAGCUGGGGGCCAAAACUACCACGGCGCCUGAGGAAGGUGAACUCACACACAUCCCCCGCCCGCCCUGACCUUCUCAGCUUGUUUCACCGCCAUUCCUGCUUGUUUACCUCAGAGACCCCCCCACCCCCACCUUGGGAACAGACACCAGACACACACACCACACCAGACUGGACCGGUCCAACCUGCCAGAAAGAACAAGCUUCACUUUUCAACUAUGAACUUUGAACCUCCCAACCAAUGGAGUUCAACUGAAGGAAAAGGGAACAAACAGAACUCUCCAAAAAAACUCCCAGAAUUCCCUAGGACUACCCACAAUCCCUCUCUCUCUCUCUCUUUCACUCUCUUCCACUCCACUGCCAAAUCCCAAACAACCAAACUGGAUUUUUGUAAACAAUAAAAAAUUUGAAAUAAAAUAUUAUAAUUUUUUUCCUCUUUCUCCAAUUUGUCUGGAGAUUUUAACAAGAAUUUUCAAAGGACAUUUGGUCUUUAAAUUGUGUAGAGAUUGCAGGGACUUUGUUGAUAUUUUUCUAAGACUUUUCUUAUUGCCGUAAUUGGAAGUCAACUUUGAAGGGACUUUUAUUCUGAAGUGGGAUGAUAGCAAGGGAUUUUGGGUGAUCCCUCUUCAAAUCAAACUUUUACAACCAAGUUUGGUUUCAUCUCUUGUACAGUACAAAAAGUUAUAUUUUCCCUCUCAAUGUGAAAAGUAUUUUUUAAAUUUAAGUGUUGAAAAUAUUUUAUUUCAUCCAAACUUUUUGAGGGGCCCUAUUUAAGUCUUUGUCGUCUUUUGAAGAUAUGACUUCAUUAUCUAUUCGUCUGGAGGAUUUUCACAUAUUUUUUGACUGUUUUAGGUUGUCUUUGUUGUUGUAGUUACACUGGGGGGGGGGGGGGGAAGGGGCUUCAUCAGGACUGAAGGGAGAGAAGCAGUGUAUUGACAUCACAUUUAUUAUAUUAUUGACAUCCUCUUUUAUUUCUGUGUAUUCAUGCAUCAUUUUAGAUCACCCUGACUUUACAGGUUUGUAGUUAGAUGUUUUCACACAGCAUUCCAAUCACCAGCUACAUAACAGUCAUUAAUUUAAACCGGGCAUGGCAGAGCAGUAGAGGCAACUUUACAAUGUCCUGCAUUAAUUUACCUGUAUUUCUACUUGUCUACCAAAGGGGGCAGUGUUUACUCAUUUAGAGAGAUGGACCACUACGCAGAAGAAGUCAGUUGGAGAACACUUCAUGCUAAAGGCCAAAUUUUUUUAAUUGGGGUUGAUUCGAGAAUCAAUGUUAAAGGCCCAAUGCUGUCAAAAAUGUGAUUUUUCUGUGUUUUAUAUUUCCACUCUAUGAGGUUGGAAUACUACUGUGAAAUUGUGAAAAUUAUGAAAAUGCCCUUUUAGUGUUUGAGCCGUUUGAACAGCCCAACUGAAAUUUCAACCUGUUUUGGUGGGAUGGAGUUUUGGCUUCAUCAGUCAGUUAAUUAGAGUUCCAAACCUCUCUGCCAAUAACAACUCGUUUCCAUUUUCCUCCUCCCAACUCAGGCCACGCCCAGACAGCCCUAGCAAAAAUUAUUGUUUGAGAAUUUGCUCUUUGCUAAGAAGCUAUUUUUGUUGAUUUUUUUUUACCAUUUUAAUUAAAAAACAAUCACAGUAAGGUAUUGUUACCCAGAAAGUAUGUGAUAUUGAGAUAAACAUAUAUAUUUUUUAAAGAGCUUAAAAAGUAAACAGAAAGUCUCAAUUGGGGAUUUUGGGAACACAUUCCCUCUGGGAGCCUCUUUGGUGUUCUCCUUUUAGAAGACUACUAGUUACAUCAGCACAAAAUGAAGUUAUUGUUAUCCUUAUCUGUUUACUCCCAUGCCUUUUAUCUGUGAAGAAUACAAAUUUAAUUGAUCCUCCUGUGACGUACACACUGUCCCUUUAAGAAACAACCCAAUAUGUAAGCAAAGAGUACGGUACACAUAGUUUUUAAAUGUUUUGGUCUAGUUUAAAAACAUGAUGUUGUUUUAGGACACAUAAUAUUACAAUGUUCAAUAUC